GUGACUUGACAGGAAGUUGUUUGUGUUUUUUUUUUUGCAGGAAUAUAAACGCUGUUUUCUUUCUCUCUGGUGCAAAAUGGAAUAAUCAGAACAGUAAUCUUCAUCCUCCUCCUCCUCCUCCUCCUCCUCCACUCUUUUCCCCUGUAAGUCAGAUACAGUCCUGCUUUGCUGUUAUGCAGCAGGUUUGUUAGGAUCAGUGUGUUUUGCUGUAUUGAUCCAUCAUCAUGCCUCUGACAUCACCUGUGAUUAGUGGGGCCCAGAAACUGGUCCUGUACGAGACAAGAGCUAGAUAUUUUCUGGUGGGGAGUAAUAACGCUCAAACCAAACACCGUGUCCUGAAGAUCGACCGAACUGAACCGCGAGAUCUGGUCAUUAUUGAUGACAAACAUGUAUACAGUCAGCAGGAAGUCCGAGAGCUUUUGGGAAGGCUGGACCUUGGAAACCGUACUAAGAUCGGACAGAAGGGUUCCUCUGGGCUUUCCAGAGCUGUGAAUGCUUUUGGAAUUGUAGGCUUUGUCCGUUUCCUGGAAGGCUACUAUAUCAUUCUGAUCACCAAGCGACGCAAGAUGGCCGACAUCGGUGGUCACUCCAUCUAUAAAAUCGAAGACACCAACAUGAUCUAUAUCCCUAAUGACUCGGUCAGAGUCACACAUCCCGACGAAGCCAGAUAUGUGAGGAUAUUUCAAAAUGUGGACCUGUCCAGUAACUUCUAUUUCAGUUACAGCUAUGACCUGAGCCACUCUCUGCAGUAUAAUAUGACUCUUCUCCAUACACCCUGUGAUCAUGGAGAAAAUGAGGAGCACCACACCAGCAGCAGCAGCAGCAGCAAACAGGACAGUUUUGAUAUCUUUGAGGAUGAAGGCAUUCCCACACAAGUGGUAUACAGCCUGAAGAACGAACCCUAUGCUAAAUAUGUGUGGAACAUUCGUCUGUUGGAGAGAGUUAAGGAUACGGUGCAUCCAGACUGGCUGCUGCACAUCAUCCACGGCUUCUGCGGCCAGUCUAAAUUGUUGAUCUACGGACGUCCGGUUUAUGUCACUCUGAUCGCUCGACGUUCCAGCCGCUUUGCUGGGACACGCUUCCUGAAGAGAGGAGCCAACUGUGAGGGUGACGUGGCGAACGAAGUGGAGACUGAGCAGAUCAUCAACGAUGCCUCACUAAUGUCCUUUACAGCAGGCAGCUACUCCUCUUACGUGCAGGUUCGAGGCUCCGUGCCGCUCUACUGGUCUCAGGACAUCUCCACCAUGAUGCCCAAACCUCCCAUACGAUUGGACCAGGCCGACCCAUACGCCCAGGUUGCGGCUCUUCACUUUGAUCAGAUGCUGCAGCGCUUCGGUUCUCCGAUCAUUAUCCUCAACCUCGUUAAGAAGCGAGAGAAGAGGAAGCAUGAAAAGAUUUUAAGUGAGGAGCUUUACCCAGCCAUCAUCAACCUCAAUCAGUUCCUUCCCCCGGAGCACUGCAUCGAAUACAUCGCCUGGGACAUGGCUCGUUACACCAAGAGUAAACUUUGUAACGUAUUGGACCGGUUGAGUAUGAUUGCCGAGAACGUAGUGAAGAGAACCGGCUUCUUCGUCAACCGAUACGAUUACCACUGUCACACGUUACGGCCUGACGACAGAUGGGGGGAUUUGGGAGGACUGGUUACCGCUCAUGGUAGAACACAGACGGGAGUUUUGAGGACUAACUGUGUGGACUGCUUGGAUCGUACCAACACCGCCCAGUUCAUGGUGGGAAAAUGUGCUCUGGCGUAUCAGCUUUAUGCCUUGGGGAUGAUCGACAAACCAAAAUUGCAGUUUGACACAGACUGCGUCAGGUUGUUCGAGGAGCUUUAUGAAGAUCACGGGGACACUCUGUCGCUGCAGUACGGCGGCUCGCAGCUCGUCCACAGAGUCAAGACUUAUCGCAAGAUUGCACCAUGGACGCAGCACUCCAAAGACAUCAUGCAGACGCUGUCCCGUUACUACAGCAAUGCUUUCUCAGAUGCCGACAGACAGGAUUCCAUAAACCUUUUUCUCCAGGUGUACCAGCCUUCAGAGAACAAGCCACACUUGUGGGAACUUCCUACCGACUUUUACCUCCACCAGAGCAACACCAUGGCUCUGCUCCAAGAGAGACGCAGCAGUUACACUUACUGGUGGGCAGACAGCUUGUUGUCCUACCUUCCAGUUCCUUAUGAUGAAGUCCCCUGUGAGAAAAACAGGAAGAUGGUGACGGUGAAGCGAGUGAAUCGGUACGACGAGAGCAUAGACAUGUACGCGGAGUUCUUCAAACCUUACGAACUCACCUCUUUUGAUGAUACGUUCUGUAUCGCCAUGACCAAUUCGGCAAGGGAGUUUAUGCCAAAAAGUGUUGGUCUGGAUCACAGUCCUUUCACCGUGCGUAAACCUGAAGAGACCGGAAAAUCAGUGCUCGGUAACAAGUCUAGUAAGGAGGAGGCCGUGCUGCAGCGCAAGACGGCCGCCAGCGCUCCUCCUCCGCCCAGUGAAGAGCAGAUCUCUAGCAGCUCUGAGGAUGACUCCGAGGAAGACCGAGAAGACGAGGCCACCUCGUCUCAUCGCUACACGCCAAUCAAACUCGCCGAGUCCAGAGACAACGUCCACGCUCAGGAGGAGCAACAACAGCAGCCUGCACGGGAGCCAUAUGGGUUGAACCUGUCUGCUUUACCCAGGGACGAGGACCUUUUCAUAUAUUACAGGUUUUCACACCUUGGCCAAAACCAACACAAAGUGGAAAGGAACGAGCAGUUGAUGGACACCAGAGAAUAUCUGGAAAAUGUAAUCAACAUAGCUCCAGUGUCUUUGUUCAGUAGCGACAGUAUUUACGGGGUGUCGGCUCCGAGGGUCGACUCGGAGAGUCAGAACAUUUUCCGCGCGCACAUCCAAGCUGGCAUGGGAGAUAUCAAAACAAAUUGCAAAGAAGAUCUGAUCAUUUAUCGUGAAUAUGUGAAAAACAGAUACAUGUGACGCGUCAGUCACGUUUUCCGUCUCUUUAGAUAAGUAUUUCAGUAAGGCCGAAAGAAGAAAUCCUUACUGCGAUAAAAUCUUCAGCUGACCUUCCUCUAAAAAAGAUCUCAUACAAUUCAUCAGCACGUCUGCUCUCUCGGUCUCUGGAUCCUAAUUUAACAUGGUUUCAGAUGCAAGACUGUGACCGGCUGAGAAUUUAUUUCAUAUUCGAUGUUAUUUACAGUUAUAACACAACACAUGAAGAUUCCACCGAUCAUUUAGGUUUUUUUUUUUCAGUGCCGUAGAAUAUCCUCGGAGUAAAGAUUUCCCAGAUAAUAUAUACAAGUUAUCCAAACUGGACUGCUAUUCUGCUUCAUAUUUGACCUUAUUAUUAUUUAUUUUGCCAUGAUUGGGUUUAAUGUGCAUGAGCAUCUGUAAGUCGUUUUAAAAAUAUUACAUUUGUGUAUUUAUUAAAGUUCUGUCUGACUUUA